CGUGUGCAACGUGCAGCGAGCAGCAGCCGGAAACAGCGUCAUCACUCGCUCGACAGGGCUCGACAGGCCCGUGGAGAUCAAACGGUGCAUAGGCGCAGAGACGGACCAAGCUCCAGAUGGAUGGGGGAUGAUGAUCGAGGACAGGGCGGAACGAGAGGUCGGCGAGGUGAGGCCUUGGCGCUUGCUUUCCGACCGCCGGUCCUGGCGUGGCCCAUUCAUCAGUCAGUCAGUCGGUCGGUCGGUCACGUUUCCAGGGGGUGGCCGGCCAACCUGUGACACGCUCUGUUGUAUUGAGAUGGUGUUUCUAUUCUCGAUGCUGCUCUCUUGUACGCUGUCGCAACCCGCUGGCCACGGACACACUGACUGUUUUGUUUUGCUGCACGCUCUGCUAAUGGCACUCAGCAAACAAAUUGCACACAUACAUACAUAGACACUCAGCGUGGGCGGCGGCGGCUCAGGCGGCCAGUGCAGACAGUUGGGCGUGCCUAGCCACAGGCUCGACUGGUAUAGCGGUAUAGCAGCUGGUAUAGUGCGGUGCAGUCCCUUCUGGCUGAAAAGGGCACUGGAGACAACCGUUGAGAAACCCGAUUUACCGGGCCGCAAGGCGAAAGCGAGAGCGGAUGUGUUGGCCAGUACCCACUUCGCCGGGAAACUAUAAUCAAACCUAAAAUCCGUCCCAUCCAAUCUCUGCGCUAGUACUCCCUUGCCCGAUUCAGACUCUGACAAGUUUCGUUGCGGCCUAGCGCCUGCGCCUGCCCCUACCGCCGCGGCACACGCCAGGACGUUGUUGCGGCCCCCUUUGGCCUCGUGACAUGAUUCAUUCCACCCACCUCAGCGCUGAGCAGUGAGCUCUCUGCAAGGGCUAGCGACCAACUAGCUGCCCAUCCUCUGUCGCUCUACGUCCUGGACUGUCCACGCCUGUCAUGGACUGCUUUUAUUCGGUUUCCUUCUCUUUCGGUGUCUAGACUGUCUAUCGCGCACUGCCGCAGCAGCUCCAGAAUUUCGACCCUGAAUCUCUGUCUAGUUAGAAGCCCGUUGCAAACACCCAAAACGGAUCCAGCUACUACACAACAAGUACACAACAAGAUCCAUGUAUGUAUCCGGACUGAAAAUGGUGGCAAGCCAUGUAGAUCCGGAAUAGAAACGGAUACCUUACCUGCUCGUACCAGUCCCACGAGCGGUAGCCACUGCGAAUACGACGGACAUUUGUACUGGCCUAACCACAACCCGCGUCCC